UUCUGCUUUGCAGCAGGCAUGCCUGAGGGCCCGUCUGUGCGUAUGUUUCACCAGCGAGUUUUGCCCUUUGUGGGGCAGCGUGUGGCCAGCGCUGUGGGCACCACCAAGAAGCUGGAACCGGCCACUUUGCAGGCCCUGCGGAUGGCAGACACACAGGUCCACGGGAAGAUGCUGUUCCUGCGGUUUGAUCCAGGUGAAGAGACAGGGGGCCCAAGCCAACCAGAGCCCCUCAGGUCACAAGCACAGCAGGAGAGGCCUGGCAGCCAGGAAGGCCCGUCUGGGCGCCCCCAGACCUCAGAACCUGCUGCCCGAGGUGGGGUUGAUGGCACGGCUGAAGGUGCUGACAGGUGGCUGCAGGUGCGCUUUGGCCUGUUUGGCAGUGUCCGGAGCAACAGCUUCUCGCGGGCCACGAAGGCCAACAAGAGGGGUGACUGGAGGGACCCCGCUCCCAGGCUGCUCCUGCGCUUUGAGGGGGGUGGCUUCCUGACCUUCUACAACUGUCAGCUGGCCUGGAGUCUGGGGCCAGUGGGCACAGUUGCCUCCGACAUCCUGUCCCCGAAGUUCCACCGUGGACAAGCCCUGGAGGCUCUGGGCCAGGCGAGGCCCGUCUGCUACACGCUUAUGGAUCAGCGCUGCUUCUCUGGCCUUGGGAACAUCAUCAAGAACGAAGCCCUGUACAGAGCUGGAGUGCACCCUCUUUCCCCCGGCUCCCUUCUUGGCUCUGCACGGCUAGAGGCUCUACUGGAUGAGGUCCUGGCAUUCAGCAAGGGCUGGCUCCACGCCAAGGCCCAGGGCCGCCGGCAGUGCACACUUGUGUAUGGAAAAGACCACUGCCCAGCUGGCCAUCUGGUCCGGAGGGAGGCCCUGGGCCCCCCGGGGGGCUGGCCGAGGCUCACCUGGUGGUGCCCACAGUGCCAGUCCCAGUGGACUGCAGAAAAAGGUAGCUCCCAGCCUCCUCUUGUUCCUGCGGAGGAGCCCUUUGCCACUGCUGGUUGCUCAACAGGGAGUUGGUGGAAGGGCACAGAUGCCCACAGUGUGACCUUUGAGGAACCAGUGUCCACCCUAGCACUACAGGGUCCGCAGGAUCCGGGCGGGAGAGACGCAGCGCCGCCGUCCUAUUGGCUGGCCUCUCUGCCACUCUCCAAUGAGCCGCGAGGCGCGGUCGUCACGCCAGACAUACGCCGCCGGCGAUUGGUUACCCCGCGCGAGAGCAAGAGGCGGGCGGGGCGGCGGGGAGUGGGCGGAGCCUCGCGUAGGCCCCGCCCCACCAUCUCGCAGUCCACUUGA